AUGGCCAGGAUCUUUCAGCAGCAAAGGCACUGGGCAGGCGAGCAGGGAGGCAAAAAGGGGAUUAUCGAAGGCAACCCGAAAACGCGGCAAGCCCGACAGACUCGCCGCCCGCAGUCCGCCCACACCGCGCCUCCCUGCUCGACGGCUGCUGCCGUCACCGCCAAAGAGCAACAGCAGCAGCAGGCCCAUCACCCAAACCCGAAGCCGCACACUUGGGUGCCGGCGACGCCUGCCAAGACUUCUUCCGCCCUCAUGGCCGCGGCGGCGGCGGCGGCGGCGCGGAGCUCUCCGAACAGUGGUGGCAAACACUCGCACGCCGUGGCGGGAGGAGAAGGGAAAACAUCGACGGCGCCGGCGACGGGGCGAGGAGGGGCGUACGCCCGCCUAUUCGGGAUGAAACACCCCGGGGCGCAUCGACGGGUAGGCGUGGACCCUCUAGACGGCUUCAAGAAGGACCACUACCGGGGGGGUGCAGCAGCAGCAGCAGCAGCAGCAGCAGCCGUCGAUGCGAGCGCGCCCUUUUCCGGCGACAUCGGCGGGGUGAAACACGGGCAGGGGGCGGGCGUAGAAGAGGUGUCUAAGCCCAGGAAAGCGGCUGGGGAUACAAACGCUGUAGAAACCCAGGCGACUAUUUCCACCGCAAACACCGGCUCGCUCACUCCUCCCGAGGGAAGUAGCAGCGCCGAGGGGGGCCGCGCAACUGGGGAGGGGGGGAUACGCGCCCCGCCCCCGGUGGAGCCGCUGACCAAAGCCUCGGCAGAGUGUUGCAGCCCUCAGGAACGGCUGUACCUCCGGAGACUACUGCUUGACCUGCAAGGCAGCGCUCGCAGCAGUCUGGACUUCUAUCGCCUGGGCAAGGUUGUCGGAGAGGGAUCGUUUGCCCAGGUUCGAGUGGCGUGGCACAAAUUGACGGGGCAGCGAGUAGCCGUCAAGACCUACGAGAAGGCCAAGAUAAAGGAUGAGAACCAAUGGAAGCGGAUAUCUCAGGAGGUGAAGCUCAUGGAAAAGCUCAACCACCCUCGGGUGAUUAGGCUAUUCGAAACGGCCGAGAGCUCCAAGAGGAUUCACCUCGUGAUGGAGUACGCCGACGGCGGCAACCUGUGCUCGUACGUGAAGCGCCGAAAGCGGUUGGAUGAGGGAGAGGCUCGACGCAUCCUUCGCCAGCUUCUCGAGGGGGUGGACUACAUGCACGGCCUCGACAUCGUGCAUCGCGACAUCAAGCUGGAAAACGUCCUCCUGGGCGGGAGCGGUCGUUCCAACGCCAAGCUGGUCGACUUCGGCUUCAGCGCUAACGUCAAGAACCGAAGGCUUCUUCACGUCUUUUGCGGCACGCCUUCGUACAUGCCGCCGGAAAUAAUCAAGCGCCAGGAGUACGAGGGGAAGCCUGUCGAUGUUUGGAGCCUCGGAGUCGUCCUGUACGCAAUGCUCUGCGGUUGCUUCCCCUUCUCCGGGCCGAGAUACCCCGAGCUCUACAAGAACAUAUCCAAGGGCGUGUUCCGACUGCCGGAUUGGCUGUCGCCAGCGGCGAUAAGUCUCGUUCGAGGAAUGCUUGUAACGGAUCCUUCUCGGCGGCUCACCCUCCGCCAGGUUUGCGCUCACCCAUGGGUCUUGCCGCCCCGAGCGACGGGCAGGGUGUCCACCGGGAAUCAGUACCGGGGCUUGGCGGCCUCCGAUGGGGGUGCCGUUGCUGAUGAGUCGCAGUCGUCGCGAAUACCACACGAUAGCCGGGGCAGUUCAACUCCCCUCAAGAGGGACAGCUUCCACAUCAGCAACGAUCCUACCCGUGACAUUUGCGCGACGAGCGUGAAGAAAAUGGAGGCUUUUGGGGCUAACGGGGAAGAAAUCGCUCGACAGGUGCUUGCCCGACGGCACAGCUGCCUCACAACAACCUUCUAUCUGCUCAGGAACGAACUCAGCACAAACGGUGCGGCGGCGGAGGCGGGUGCGCCUCGACCAGCGAGUGCGACUAGCAGCUCGAGUAGAGGCGCGGCUAAGCCCCGGCACGCGAACGUUAGACCGAGCAGCGCGAGUGGGGACAACCGGGGUGGUGCUGGGAUGGCCAAGAGAAGGGAUAGCAGGGGUGGAAGCGGAAACAGUAGUGCUAGCCAAGGCACUGGCAGGACCGAAUGA